CUUUCUGGGAGUUGUAGUCUAACGCAACCGUACCAGGUUGUUGCCUGACGUCUGAACGAGCAUUAUACAUGAGGAUAUCUGCAGAGGGAAGUCCAUUAUAGACAUGAAAAUAGAAGCCAGGUGUGUUUGAGGCUUUGGAAACAUGUCCAAGAAAAGGGCCAGGAAGCGCAGCAGCGGCGAACUAAGCGACAGUCUCACUCCAGAUCCUAACAACCUGCUGGGCCGCCGGAUCCAACACAGCUGGAGGGAGAAGGGGGCGCUGACCAAGUGGAAGGGCACCGUUCUGGACCGGCUCAGCGUCAACUCUUCGCUCUUCAUGGUCAAAUAUGACGGAUUCGACUGCGUUUACGGCAUCGAGCUCUUUAAGGACGAGAGGGUCUCAAACCUGCAGGUUCUCAAUGAGAAAGUGGUAAACAAUAAGAUCAAGGUUCCUCAUGACGCAGAGGAGCUGGUGGGCAAAGCGGUGGAGCAUCUGUUUGAGAAGGAGGACGGAGAGAAGAACGAGUGGCGAGGGAUGGUCCUGUCCCGAGCGCCCAUCAUGACCAACUGGUACUACAUCACAUACGAGAAAGACCCCGUCCUGUACAUGUACCAGCUCUGGGACGACUACAAAGACGGAGACCUGCGGAUCUUACCUGAAGCUG